AAUUAACUGGUUCUGUCCGUCCAACUGGGAGAGCAGCUCUUGCUAAAAAUAGCGUCCUGCCCAGCACGACCUACGCUCGCCAGGAGCCGGCCGCGACAGUCCCACCCCACCGGGAGUCCCCACCCCGGGCCUGGCCCACGUCCCACCCCCGAAACCGAGACCGAGGCCGCGGGCACAGCGUGGUCCCCACAAGUGCCGCGGAGGGCGGAAGGCCCGCGGGCCGAGGAGCGGCCGAGGCCGUCCGGCAUGGGAGCCCGCGGCGCGGCCUCCCGCGCGCUCGCUUGGGCCUCCCUGCCGCUGCUGGGGCUUCCCGCCGGCGCGCUCUGCGAGGACACGCUUUACUGCCGAGAGUCGCCCCAAGAAAGGCCGGGCUCCCGGCGCAGCCUGCCGGGCAGCCUCUCAGAGAAGAGCCCCAGCAUGGAGGCUUCAGCUGCUACGCCGUUCCGGGUCACGGGCUUCCUCAGCCGCCGCCUCAAGGGCUCCAUCAAGCGCACCAAGAGCCAGCCCAAGCUGGACCGCAACCACAGCUUCCGCCACAUCCUGCCGGGGUUCCGGAGCGCCGCCGCCGCCGCCGCCGCCGCCUCCGCCUCCGCCGCGGACAAUGAGAGGUCCCAUCUGAUGCCGAGGCUGAAGGAGUCUCGCUCGCACGAGUCCUUGCUCAGCCCCAGCAGCGCGGUGGAGGCGCUGGACCUCAGCAUGGAGGAGGAGGUGGUCAUCAAGCCAGUGCACAGCAGCAUCCUGGGCCAGGACUACUGCUUCGAGGUGACGACGUCGUCGGGAAGCAAGUGCUUCUCCUGCCGGUCAGCAGCCGAGCGGGAUAAGUGGAUGGAGAACCUGCGGCGAGCGGUGCAUCCCAACAAGGACAACAGCCGGCGCGUGGAGCACAUCCUGAAGCUGUGGGUGAUCGAGGCCAAGGACCUGCCUGCCAAGAAGAAGUACCUGUGCGAGCUCUGCCUGGACGACGUGCUGUACGCACGCACCACGGGCAAGCUCAAGACUGACAACGUCUUUUGGGGCGAGCACUUCGAGUUCCACAACCUGCCGCCCCUGCGCACCGUCACCGUCCACCUGUACCGCGAGACAGACAAGAAGAAGAAGAAGGAACGCAACAGCUACCUGGGCCUGGUGAGCCUGCCCGCCGCCUCCGUGGCCGGGCGGCAGUUCGUGGAGAAGUGGUACCCGGUGGUGACGCCCAACCCCAAGAGCGGCAAGGGCCCUGGGCCCAUGAUCCGCAUCAAGGCACGCUACCAGACCAUCACCAUCCUGCCCAUGGAGAUGUACAAGGAGUUUGCCGAGCACAUCACCAACCACUACCUGGGACUCUGCGCCGCCCUCGAGCCCAUCCUCAGUGCCAAGACCAAGGAGGAGAUGGCAUCGGCCCUGGUGCACAUCCUGCAGAGCACGGGCAAGGUGAAGGACUUCCUGACAGACCUGAUGAUGUCGGAGGUGGACCGCUGUGGAGACGAGCACCUCAUCUUCCGGGAGAACACGCUGGCCACCAAGGCCAUCGAGGAGUACCUCAAGCUGGUGGGCCAGAAGUACCUGCAGGACGCACUGGGGGAGUUCAUCAAAGCGCUGUAUGAAUCGGAUGAGAACUGUGAAGUGGACCCGAGUAAGUGCUCAGCCGCUGACCUCCCCGAGCACCAGGGCAACCUCAAGAUGUGCUGCGAGCUGGCCUUCUGCAAGAUCAUCAACUCCUACUGUGUCUUCCCGCGGGAGCUGAAGGAGGUGUUCGCCUCGUGGCGGCAAGAGUGCAGCAGCCGUGGCCGGCCGGACAUCAGCGAGCGGCUCAUCAGCGCCUCCCUGUUCCUGCGCUUCCUCUGCCCGGCCAUCAUGUCGCCCUCACUCUUCAACCUGCUGCAGGAGUACCCCGAUGACCGCACCGCCCGCACACUCACCCUCAUCGCCAAGGUCACCCAGAACCUGGCCAACUUCGCCAAGUUUGGCAGCAAGGAGGAGUACAUGUCGUUCAUGAACCAGUUCCUGGAGCACGAGUGGACCAACAUGCAGCGCUUCCUGCUGGAGAUCUCCAACCCCGAGACCAUCUCCAACACGGCCGGCUUCGAGGGCUACAUCGACCUGGGCCGCGAGCUCUCCAGCCUGCACUCGCUGCUCUGGGAGGCCGUCAGCCAGCUGGAGCAGAGCAUCGUAUCCAAACUGGGGCCUCUGCCUCGAAUCCUGAGGGACGUGCACACGGCACUGAGUGCCCCAGGCAGUGGGCAGCUUGCCGGAACCAACGACUUGGCCUCUACGCCCGGCUCUGGCAGCAGCAGCAUCUCAGCGGGGCUGCAGAAGAUGGUGAUCGAGAACGACGUCUCCGGUCUGAUAGAUUUCACCCGGUUACCGUCUCCAACCCCCGAAAACAAGGACUUGUUUUUUGUCACAAGGUCCUCCGGGGUCCAGCCCUCACCUGCCCGCAGCUCGAGUUACUCGGAAGCCAACGAGCCUGAUCUUCAGAUGGCCAACGGUGGCAAGAGCCUGUCCAUGGUGGACCUCCAGGACGCCCGCACGCUGGACGGGGAGGCGGGCUCCCCGGCGGGCCCCGACGCCCUCGCCGUCGACGGGCAAGCACCUGCAGCUCAGCUGGUGGCCGGGUGGCCGGCCCGGGUGGCCCCAGUGAGCCUGGCAGGGCUGGCCACGGUGCGGCGGGCAGGCCAGACGCCGAGCACAGCGGGCACCUCGGAGGGCACGCCGGGCCGGCCCCAGCUAUUGGCGCCGCUCUCCUUCCAGAACCCUGUGUACCAGAUGGCGGCCGGCCUGCCGCUGUCUCCCCGUGGCCUUGGCGACUCUGGCUCCGAGGGCCACAGCUCCUUGAGCUCCCACAGCAACAGCGAGGAGCUGGCAGCUGCCGCCAAGCUGGGAAGCUUCAGCAGCACCGCCGGGGAGCUGGCGCGGCGCCAGGUGUCGCUGACUGAGAAGGGCGGGCAGCCCCCGGGGCCGCGGCAGAACAGCGCCGGCCCCCAGCGGAGGAUCGACCAGCCGCCGCCCCCACCCCCGCCACCGCCUCCGGCGCCCCGCGGCCGGACGCCACCCACCCUGCUGAGCACCCUGCAGUACCCGCGGCCCUCGAGCGGGACCCUGGCGUCGGCCUCGCCCGACUGGGCUGGCCCCGGAGCCCGGCUGCGGCAACAGUCCUCCUCCUCCAAGGGCGACAGCCCCGAGCUGAAGCCUCGUGCGGUGCACAAGCAGGGCCCUUCACCCGUGAGCCCCAAUGCCCUGGACCGCACGGCCGCCUGGCUCUUGACCAUGAACGCGCAGUUGUUAGAAGACGAGGGCCUGGGCCCAGACCCCCCCCACAGGGAUAGGCUCAGGAGUAAGGAAGAGCUCAGCCAAGCAGAAAAGCAGGACCUGGCAGUGCUGCAGGACAAGUUGCGAAUGUCCACCAAGAAGCUGGAGGAGUAUGAGACCCUGUUCAAGUGCCAGGAGGAGACCACCCAGAAGCUGGUGCUGGAGUAUCAGGCGCGGCUGGAGGAGGGCGAGGAGCGGCUGCGACGGCAGCAGGAGGACAAGGACAUCCAGAUGAAGGGCAUCAUCAGCAGGUUGAUGUCAGUGGAGGAGGAGCUGAAGAAGGACCACGCGGAGAUGCAAGCAGCUGUAGACUCCAAACAGAAGAUCAUUGAUGCCCAGGAGAAGCGCAUCGCCUCACUGGAUGCUGCCAACGCCCGCCUCAUGAGCGCCCUGACACAGCUGAAAGAGAGGUACAGCAUGCAAGCCCGUAACGGCAUCUCCCCCACCAACCCCACCAAAUUGCAGAUUACUGAGAACGGCGAGUUCAGAAACAGCAGCAGUUGUUAACCUGCCCGAGGAGGGAGGACCAUGGUGGCCCAGGGCAGGGUCUCGGCCUGGGGAGGAGCGGCCCCAGCGCAGGGGCAAGAGGCCGAGGCUUGGCGCCUCCCUCCAGCCGCGGUCCAGGAGGCGGCCGCAGAGGGAGCCGCGAGAGACUGACGCAGCGCGCCGGGGCACAGCGGCCCGCUCCCCGAGAAGCGCGUUCGGUGCAGGCCCGAGAGACUGCGGGCUGGGGAGCAGGCACAGGGGCUGCGCAAUGUUUCUGUCGGGUGUUGAAUUUGGUGUGCGUCACCUUUCCUCCUUGACCUGGCUGAGUGCAUGUACCCCCAACCCCUCCCCAGGGAGGGAAAUGCCCGGAGAGCUGGAGGGUCGGAGAGCCAGGGGCCUACUCUCGUGGCUUCCCCUCCCCAGGACUGCCAGGCAGCCAGGCCCUGCCCUGUGGGACCUGCCCCUCAGUUCCAGGAGCCGACGGGGCGGUCGGCAGGUGGGGGGGGGGCGGGGGCAGGACGGAGCUGCCGGAGUGCCGGGUCCCCCGCCUAUCUCUACCCCGAGCACCUGUCCCUGCAUGCGCGGGGACCCUUCCCGGCUGUGAGGAACCGAGGAGUCACUUGCCCCCAGACCCUCCGCCUUCCCGCUCCCGUCCUCCGUCCUUCCCUCCCUAACUUGUUCUGUCAGGUGGACCCAGCGAGGACCGCAGCUCUCUUCUGGGCCCUUGCGCCCGUGGGAAGAUCCAGGACCUCCCUCACUUGCCACGUGGGCCCAAGCUGAUGCUCUGGGGCUCCCCGAAGACAAAGACCUGGGCAGAGCUGGCCCAGGCGGCACUGCGCGGUGCCGGCCCCUCUCCCGGAGCUAGUGUACCCGGGCACGGUGGCCCUGCAGGGAGUGGCCGGCAGGUGCUCCCCCUGAGAGACAGGCUGAGCUUUCCUGAUGGAUGGUUAAAGAAAAGUCUAGCGCCCGCAGGCCCUGAGAAGGUGGAUAACUGUGAUUUUUUUUCCUUUCACAGUAUGCAUUAGAAACAAAAGCCCGCUUGCUCGCUUGCUGGAACACAGGGGCCUUUUAAAUUGAGCGUGCGCACUGCAUGGGAAAUAGCGGCCCUGGAGGAUGUUAGACUUGCUCCCUCUCCAAGACAGCAGCAGCCUGCACCGCCCCGUGUGUGCGGCGGCCUCUGCCUCAGCCCUCCCAGGCCCAGCCGAGGACCAGGCGCUGCAGACAGGGAGGUGCUCACCCGCGGCUGGGGCCGGUUUUCCUCAGCUCUAGGCUGUUCUGUAGCUUAUCGGCCCUCCCCGCCCCCCCUUGCGGGACACAGGUGGGCAGGAGCGUGGGUUUCUCUCGUCCCUCCCUGUUCCCACCCCUGGCCCUGGGGAAUCUCAGGCAGGAGCUGGGGCGUUCACCCCGCAGCCAGGAGCCGCCCCGUCUGCCUCAGCCGUGGGAAGCUGGGGAGACCCCUUCCUGUCGCUGGGGCUGGAGACGCUCCACCAGGGCCCAGGUUGCCCCAGAGCCCCCCAGGAAGGGGAGCACGGCGGGGGGCUCGGACCACACUGUGCCCCGUCCUGGGGUGAAACCAGUUAGCCCAGAGACCCGCUUGUGGGGAGAGGGCAGGACCCCCAAGGGUCACAGACCUCAGGAAGGCAGGUCAUGGGGGCGGAGGCCUUGCCUCACUCCUCUGGCCACACAGGCAGGGCCUGGCCCCGUGACGUCCUCCUCUGGUUCCCUCUCACCCCCCACCCCCGGCCCCGCCGAUGCCUCAUUGAGCGACCUCGGACUGAGCGCCUCUUAGCAAUACAGGGGGGAAGUUCCCAGGGCCUGGACAGCCGGGCUCAGGAGGCCAGCAGUGGCCGGUGCUGGCGGCCCCUGGCCUGGGUUGGGAGCUCUCAGGCCGAGAGCCUUAUUUACUUAGUGCAAAAACUGUAAAAGUGUACAGACUCUUCCCAGAUUUUUAUCUGAAUUGCAAGUCUGACGAUUUUUGUAAAUGUUCUUGGUGUUUGACUGUAAUGUAACUAUUUCACCUAAUGGUUGUACAUAGUCCUUUAGUCCUGGUGCUGCCGAGGGCUGCCCGGGACCGCUGCUCUCCGACGGUUUUUAUUUUAUUUUUAAUCUAGAGAACAGUGCUGGGCAGGAGGCAGAGGUUGUGGAUUUGGGUGAUGGGGUUUUUCCCUGCCCGUGGCAUUUUAUCUGUCGGCUGUGCAGCGUGCUCUCUGGGUGGUGGGGACGUGCGACCUGCCUGGGUCACACUGAACCCGCGUCCCUGAGAGAGGAGGAAGGAAGGCAUUCCCUGCUCGGGGAGACCCAGGCCCAGCCGUGCUGGAGAAGGCUCUCCCCUCCCCUCUCCUGCCAACACAGGGAGGCCUGACAUUUUGCUUAACGUUUAUGUUUAGGGUGAAGGAAAUGGUCAAACUUCCUGUAAGUGGAGACUCUUUCCGCCUGCCCCGAAUGGGGGUGGGGAACCAGGGCCAGAGCUCCAGGCACCCACCCCCACUCCCACCCCGCAGAGCAUCUGCCCCAGGGUACACCUCUCCCCCUCCCGUCCCGGCCGUCUGCGGAAGGCAGACCGUCCAGGGAAACGGCCCCUCUUUUCUACACACUCCCCCAAGCCACCCCCAGCCCCCAUUCCACCUCCCUGCCCCCCCUUUUGUAAGUAUGUGAAAAGGAAAAAAUGCAAAUGUUGGCGUCUUGGCUGGAGCGCCUCCCUCCAGUUGUGACUCUAACUAUGUAAUAAUGUACAGAGAAAGUUGUUGGUGUUCUAAGACUGUGUGGCUGUGCAAUUUCUGUACAUUUGCAAUUAGAAAUAUUAAAGAUUUAUUUAGCUAUUUUAA